AGGCACUGAUAGAGCAUUAUCAGUGCUCUGGCCAUGUUGCGUCUCGGAGUAAUUUUGCUUUUCUUCACCGUUUCUGCUCAGGCAGUAUGGCUCAAUCUACCUUCUAUUGCUUUGAAAGUGUCCGAGCAUCUUCUCAAUUUUGAUCAGCUCCCAGAGCCUGCAGAAUUAGAAAAAUCUACCCAGGAUAAUGACGAGGAUCUUCUCCAACAGAUAGAAGAAAUGCGCAGAAAGUUGGUGGACGGCGAAUCCAAGGAAUCUAGUGAAGAAGUAGAUUUAUUUUCAGAUGUAAAGAAAGAUGAGGAAAAAAUCAAAGAGAGCGGCGAAAGCAAGAGCGUAUUCCAUCCUCCCAACAACAUUAAGUGGCAACAUAGUAUGCUCGAUGAGCCAAGAGAGUCUGACGACGAAGUAAUCGUGAGAAAUUCUGACGAUGACGAAGAAGGUGUGGAGGAAAUCGUUCAUCGUGUUUUGCCUAAAGAAAACACAGCUUUUGCUCCUUCCAUCCCCUCGCAGAAAAGAACUCAAGUGCAAGAUAAGAAAGAAACUAAACAGCAUGGCCGUCGCCACCGCUAUGGAGGAUUGAAGAAAAGCGGAAAAGUUUUCGAGCAUAAAACUAAACCCCGAGUAUGGGAAAGCAGCCCAUCGUUCAAGGACGAGCUGCCCAAGGAAUGGGAUUGGCGAAAUGUCAGUGGCGUGAAUUACUGUAGUCCUACGAGAAAUCAACAUAUACCAGUGUACUGUGGUUCAUGUUGGGUCUUUGGGACAACGGGUGCUCUGAAUGAUCGCUUCAACAUUGCUCGUAAGAACAGAUGGCCUAUGACGAUGGUUUCUCCACAAGAGAUCAUCGAUUGCAAUGGUAAGGGUAACUGCCAAGGAGGUGAGGUUGGCAAUGUGCUGGAGUACGCAAAGUAUCAUGGACUUGUCGAAGAAGGUUGCAAUGUCUACCGAGCUACAAAUGGGCAAUUGUCACAAUUUCAGAUUGCGAUCCUAUGCACCGUUGUGGUACCUGUUGGCCCGACAGCUGUUUCGCUGUUAAGAAUUAUACCAGAUACUAUAUCACUGAAUAUGGACAGGGUGUCCGGUCGCGAGAACAUGAUGGCCGAAAUCAAGAGAGGUGGUCCAAUCGCGUGCAGCAUUACUUGCACUCCAGAAUUCGACUAUAAUUACACUGGAGGAGUUUACAAAGAGAAAGGCGAGAAAGUUGUUGAGCCCAACCACAUCGUUUCGGUCACCGGUUGGGGCGUUGACGAGAAAGGUGUUGAAUACUGGAUUGUGCGCAAUAGUUGGGGUGAAGGCUGGGGUGAAAAGGGCUGGUAUCGAGUUGUGACGUCGAAAUAUUUAGAUGGCACUGGAAAUGAGUAUAACAUGGGAAUAGAGAAAGACUGCUACUACGCUGAUGUCGAUGUCAGUAAUUUGGAUUGAAUUUGCUAGACUAACUUUCAAAGCAUGCUUCUGUUGAAUUGUUCUAUUG